AAAUACUUUGGUUGUAUUCGUUAUAUAGACAUCCUCAUCGAAUUCUAACAAUUGGACAUUGCAAUGAAGCUGAACUUUCUGAACAUUAAUCUCUUGUUGCUUCUGCAAUUCUUCCAUAAGGCUGCAGCCGAUGGAACAGAUGGUGUUAAAAUGAAUUGUGACUAUGUAAAACCCACGAAAGAAAGUGUCAUAGGAAUGAUAGUUUUGGAGAUCGAUCCUUUAAAAACCGCUUCAUUUUCUUAUCUUGUCUAUGGUCCCGGAAUGAUCGAUUUUUCAUUGGGUAAUGAAACUGGGUUUAUUGUUAAUAACGAAAAUGGUAAAACCGUGUAUACGGGAUCUUUCAGACCAAGAAACAGCACCGACAACUUUCUUUAUUUUAUCUUGGCUGGUGGAGCAGGCGAAUAUUGUGUUCUAACGCGGCCAUUGUAUGCAAAUAAUAGUGAUUAUAACGUGGAUGUCGACUUUACGAACGAUACCCGGACGGUUGAUAAAGUGGUGAGCUCGUCUGCUUCGAGAACAAACUUUGUGCAUUAUAUUUUUAUAUCUGUUUCUGCUGUUCUUCUUUUUUGUUUUAAUUUGUUUCUGUAAUUAGAAAUGGUGAACAUUACAUUGAGGAAGCCUAUCUAUUCAUAGCCAAGACGACUGCGUUAGUGCUAUUUUGAUAUUGGUUUUGUUUUUCUGAGUAACUUAGGGCUCUAUGUAAGUAACCUAUUCAUUACAAUUUCUCGUUAAUUGUUGAAAUAUGGCGGUGCUUGACAAAAUCAACAACUUGUACAAUACAGUUUAAAGUUUAAAUUUUUUGUUGUUUGGUAAGUUUGAUUUGAAGUUCAUAGUUACAGUAAUAUUUCUCAGUAAUUGAAAUUGAAAAGUCCAAGUAAAGAAAAAUAAAAGCGCCAUACUAUAGUUCGUGGUUAACGAAUACACUGAUAAUUAGUAUAUCAAUUUAAGAGUUUUUCGCAAUCAAUCAAAUACUGAAAAGAAUCAAUUACAACCAAUUAAGU